AUGGGUUAUAUUGGGUCUCAUGGUGUUGCAGCUCUGCAUAAAUACAAAUAUAGUGGUGUAGAUCAUUCCUAUGUGGCAAAAUAUAUACUACAGCCCUUCUGGACUCGCUUUGUUCACUUUUUCCCCCUAUGGAUGCCUCCAAACAUGAUAACUCUGAUGGGCUUUAUGUUCUUAUUAUUGUCUGCAACACUUGGCUAUAUUUACUCACCUCAUUUGGACUCACCUCCUCCAAGAUGGGUUCAUUUUGCACAUGGGCUACUUUUGUUUUUGUACCAGACAUUUGACGCUGUUGAUGGGAAGCAAGCUAGACGGACAAAUUCUUCAAGUCCGUUAGGGGAGCUGUUUGAUCAUGGGUGUGAUGCACUUGCUUGUACAUUUGAAGCACUUGCUUUUGGGAGCACAUCCAUGUGUGGAAGAAGUACUUUCUGGUGGUGGUUAAUAUCUGCAAUUACAUUUUAUCUUGCAACCUGGGAGCACUAUUUCACCAAUACACUUAUACUGCCUGUUGUAAAUGGACCUACAGAGGGUCUUAUGAUAAUAUACUCUGCUCACUUUUUCACAGCUGUUGUUGGUGCUGAGUGGUGGGCUCAGCAAUUUGGAAAGUCUUUGCCUUUUUUGAAUUGGUUGCCGGUUCUUGCUGAUGUCCCAACAUUCACAGCUAUAUUGUGUUUGAUGAUAACUUUUGGUGUUAUACCAACGGUCGUACUCAAUGUUAUUAAUGUUUCUAAGGUUGUGAAGUCAAGAAAUGGAAGUAUAGCUCUUGCAUUGGCAAUGCUUUACCCAUUUGUUGUCCUUGUCGGAGGAGUGCUUUUGUGGGAUUAUUUGUCACCAUCUAACAUCAUAGCCAAUUAUCCACAUUUAGUUGUUAUGGGAACAGGACUUACUUUUGGAUAUCUUGUGGGAAGGAUGAUUUUGUCUCACUUAUGUGAUGAACCAAAAGGCUUAAAAACUGGAAUGUGCAUGUCUCUCAUGUAUCUCCCACUCGCAAUUGCGAAUGCACUUGCAUCAAAGCUAAAUGAUGGGGUUCCUAUAGUUAACGAGAGAAUAGUUCUUCUUGGUUACUUUGCAUUUACAGCAUCUCUUUACUUGCAUUUUGCAACGUCUGUAGUUCGUGAAAUUACCAAUGCAUUGGGAAUAUAUUGCUUCAGGAUAACUAGGAAGGAAGCUUGA